AUGGCUGCCAUGGUAGACGAGCAGGUGACGUGGCCGUUCCUGCCGUUUGCUGUCGGUCUGCUUCCGGAGGCCGGCAGUGGCCCGGUGUCCGAGUGGAGAUGCAAGCGGCGGCUCGGAGAAGAGAGCGUCGAGUGGUCUGCCAAGCGUCGGAGGCACGAGACCGGCAAGCUCGAGUCUAAGCGCCCCGGGUCAGAAGUGGAGAGGUGCCACGACCAUCGGACGGAUCUCUCGGAGUUCAGCGCGUUCGGCGAGUUCUGUGUGGCAGACCUCUCCACCGUCAGCUUUGUCACGUUGGCCACGUUGGUGGCGGCCAGCGUCUUUAUCUUGGUUUGUGUGUCCAGCUCCCUGAUCCUCGCGGCGUACAAAUCCAGCCUUGAGCGGCUGAGGCUCUGCAGCUGCUUGUGCCUGGCACUGACAAUGCUGAUGCUCUCGAACCAUGUCUUAUUCAUGACCUACGAGGGAGCUUGGGCAAUCUGA